GCUGUGUGGUCAGGAGUUUGUCAAGAAGCACUUUUGCUCCUGUGCUGGACUGGGUGCCGUGCACUGACUGGAAGAAGCAGCCCAGACCUGACUUUCUGACUUUAGUUUUUGCGUGAAUACUGCUGUUGAGUCCAGCCUCCUGCACUGUGCUUCGGGAGCAAGCAGCUCCAUCCCUUUCUGAACUGUGGGCUCUAGAGAUGGGUGCACGAACCUCCAUGUUGCUCUGUCUGGAAGACACUCCUGAUGGAAGACUUUCUGGGGAAAGCUUUUGACAUAAGUGUUUUACAAGUGGAACUGAAAACCAGCAUUAUUUAAAGUUCUCGGAGCAGGGACAGGAUGGCUGUGAGCAUGGAUGACGACGUUCCUCUCAUCCUCACCCUGGAGGACGGUGGAAGCGGUGCCUCAGCCCCUCUAGAUGACCUGGAUCGGGAGGAGCUGCCUAAUGAAAAUGGAGGGAGCUAUGACGUUGUUAACGAUGCAUCCAGCCCUGCUGCCGGGGACUGCUGCGCACAGCAAAGCUCUGCCCGACACAACUGGGAAAUGAACUACCAAGAGGCAGCAAUCUACCUCCAGGAAGGAGAAAAUAAUGAUAAGUUCUUCACUCACCCCAAAAAUGCCAAAGCACUUGCUGCCUACCUCUUUGCACACAACCACCUUUUCUACCUAAUGGAGCUGAGCACGGCGCUGCUUCUCCUGUUGCUGUCUCUCUGCGAGGCGCCAGCGGUCCCUAUGCUCCGCCUCGGCAUCUUUGUCCAUGCAACCCUGGAGCUGUUUGCGUUAAUUGUGGUAGUCUUUGAACUCUCAAUGAAGAUGAGGUGGCUGGGCUUCCAAACCUUUAUCAGGCACAAAAGGACUAUGGUGAAGACCUGCGUGCUGUUUGUACAGUUCAUAGAGGCCAUCGUGGUGCUGGUUCGGCAAACCUCCCACGUCCGCAUCACCAGAGCUCUGCGUUGUAUCUUCUUGGUGGACUGCCGCUACUGUGGGGCUGUCAGAAGAAAUCUGCGACAGAUCUUCCAGUCCCUCCCACCAUUUAUUGACAUUCUUCUCCUCCUGCUUUUCUUCAUGGUGAUUUUUGCCAUCCUGGGUUUUUACUUGUUUUCUCCUAACCACUCAGAUCCGUACUUCAAUACCUUAGAGAACAGCCUGGUGAAUCUCUUCGUGCUCCUGACCACUUCAAACUUCCCUGAUGUGAUGAUGCCAUCUUACGCCCGGAACCCCUGGUCCUGUGUCUUCUUCAUCGUGUAUCUCUCCAUCGAGCUGUACUUCAUCAUGAACUUGCUCCUGGCUGUUGUGUUUGACACUUUCAACGACAUUGAGAAGAGGAAGUUCAAGUCCUUGCUGCUGCACAAGCGCACAGCCAUACAGCACGCCUACCGCCUGCUGAUCACCAGACAGAGGCCGUCUGGAAUUUCCUUCAAGCACUUUGAAGGGCUGCUGCGGUUUUACAAGCCUCGGAUGUGUGCCAGGGAGAGAUAUCUCACCUUCAAAGCACUGAAUCAGAGCAAUACUCCUUUACUCAGUCUGAAGGACUUUUACAAUUUCUAUGAAGUUGUUGGCUUAAAAUGGAAGGCAAAACGAAACCGUGAGCACUGGUUUGAUGACCUUCCACGGACAGCAUUCCUUAUCUUUAAAGGCAUCAACAUCCUGGUGAAGUCCCGUGUGUUCCAGUACACCAUGUAUACUGUGGUGGCUGUGAAUGGAAUUUGGAUCCUUGUUGAAACCUUCAUGCUGCAAGGAGGGAAUUUCUUCUCCAGAAACGUCCCAUGGAGCUACAUAGUCUUCCUCACAAUCUAUGGUGUGGAGCUGCUCCUGAAGUCGACUGGACUGGGGCCUGUCGAGUACCUGUCCUCAGGCUGGAAUCUCUUUGACUUCUCAGUCACCCUGUUUGCAUUUCUGGGACUCAUGGCACUGGCAUUUAACAUGGAGCCAUUCUACUUCAUCGUGGUCUUGCGACCGCUUCAGCUGCUGAGGCUGUUCAAAUUGAAGAAACGCUACAGAAAUGUCCUGGACACCAUGUUUGAGCUGUUCCCCCGGAUGGCCAGCCUGGGUUUAACCCUGCUGAUCUUCUACUAUUGCUUUGCCAUUGUUGGCAUGGAGUUCUUUGCUGGUGUGGUCUACCCCAACUGCUGCAACACGAGCACAGUCGCAGAUUCCUACCGCUGGGUGAAUCACACAGUUGGCAACAAGACAGUCGUGGAGGAAGGUUAUUACUAUCUCAACAACUUUGACAACAUCUUGAACAGCUUUGUCACCCUGUUUGAGCUGACAGUUGUCAAUGACUGGUACAUCAUCAUGGAAGGAGUAACAUCCCAAACCACUCACUGGAGCCGUCUUUACUUCAUGAUCUUCUAUAUUGUGACCAUGGUGGUGAUGACAAUCAUUGUGGCUUUUAUUCUGGAUGCUUUCGUCUUCCGCAUGAACUACACUCGGAAGAACCAAGAUUCUGAAGAAGACAAUGGCAUUGUGCUGGAGAAGGAGAUCUCCAAGGAGGAAGUGAUUGGCAUCAUUGAGCUCUACAAGCGGAGCUCAGCUGCCGCCGAAACCGCUCAGCUGCAGAAGAUGGUUUUGCAGAUGGACAAAUAUGGGCAACUGUCAACAGUAUUUCUGGGACGCAGAUCAAGGACCAAGAGUGAUUUGAGUAUGAAGAUGUACGAGGAGGAGAUACAGGAAUGGUAUGAGGAGCAUUCCCGGAAAGAGGAAUCUCAGGCAGCACUGCAAGAGCCUCCAUCCGCUUCCAACAGCUCUCUGAAGCCCCUGAGCCUCCGGCAGCGCUCCCAGACUGUCAUUUAGGCCUAGCUAACCCAAGCCACCUUCUAUGCAAUAACCUAGAGUAUUCCUUCACAGCCUAUCUAUCCAGAUGAUGUCCAGACAUCUGCCACUCUACUCUUCAGCUUUAGGGUUUCACUCUCUUCCCCUAGGCAGUGAAAAACCAGAGGCCUGGGGGACUCUCUGUGAGGCUGCUACACACAGGUGGAGCGUGGUGCCCAUGCUCAGAGCAGCCAUCUCAGACAGAACAGAGACCUUCUCCCUCUGAGCCACUUCCCAGGCUGGAGCCUGCUGUUUGUCCUAUCACUACCAGACCUUUGGGAAGGGGAUGUAUAAACCAUUCACAGUAGGAAAUGCAGCAAAGCAUCUUCGUUGAGGAUCCCUUUUGCUUAAAGGGUACCAUUAACCUAGGGAUGAAAGGUCAGGGAGUGAGGUUUUGUUUCUUCUCCACCUUCCUUGGGCAAAGAAAGGGGAGGUGGUGUGAAAUUUCAGCACUUUUGGAAGAGCAGUCUGCCUCUCCCCUCCAUUUUGACACACCUAGAUGCACUCCUGUAGCAGAUCCAGCUCUGAUGAUUGAAUUUAGCUGUCCCCAAGCAGUUCUGUGGCAGCUGGAGACAGAUUUGAGGACCAGUAUGUGUUAUGGCCAUAGGUGGGACAAGAGCUUGGGACAACCAACUCUGUCUCUGCUGUAACUACCCAAUAGCUGCAUCACUGCUGGUCAGUUUUGCCCGUGGCACUGACCAGGAGUGGAAUCACCUCUGCAAACCUUCCAAGUUCCAGUCCCUGUUCAGUGAGAGGGGGCAUUCUGCAGGGUGACAGUGGCUAGUGGUGACCUCUGCCACUUGGCUACCUGCUCUGUAAAUGGCAAAUCAUCUCUGCCUGGUCCUUAGCUCAAACAGAUGACUUGGAAGGGUUUGCAGCUCCAAGUCUGACUCGUAUCUGCCUGGCUCUGGGUUAAGGAGAGCUUAUGGGCAUCACAGAGUGCUGCUGGUGAGUCCUCAGCCAGGGCACUGCUUGGUCUAUCCAGGUGAGCAGGUCCCAGCACAGCAGUGCUGCUCCUCCCUUGCGCUCACCUUUCCAGAAACACUCCUUAGGUUGGCAAAUGCUGACUGAGCUGGGUCUCAGGAAGAUCCACUGAAGAGCUUUACUGUUGCCCUGAGUUUUGGAUGCAGGAGGAAAGUGGAAGACAAUGAUUCUUCUCACCCAUCUGUUUCUCUGCAGCUGCCAGACCUGGUAGCUGAGAGGUGUGAAGGAAGAGGAAAAGGGAUCCCUUCCCAGCUCUGCCACAUUUAUUGUCAUCAUGGCAGGUUGCAUCAUCACUCAUGUUUCAUUGCCUGCAACGUGAUGAGAACCUCUCUCUCCAAGUCUUCUGUUUUUUCCUUGUUAGCACAGAAAGUGCUGAGGGCUAGAAGUUUCUGGGAGGCUUUCCUCACCUCCUCCUGUUUGAUCUUUUCUCAGGUUCAGACUGAGAGUAGGGCUUGCUGGGGGGGGCUUUCUCCUUUCUCCAGAGAGAUCAGGCAGUGGGAGAUCUGUGUGCUCUUCCCCUUGGUCCCACAUUCCUGUUUUUACCUUGGUAACCUCACCCUGUGGCACAGGGACAGCAGGAGAGGAGUGAUCCUACCUGGGCACUUUCUGGGUGGAUGAGACUGUCAAAAGCAGACCAGACAGAGCUGCUCCUGAAAACCUCUCCCUGCAUAGUGUGAUGGGAGCAGUGGAGCUGUGGGUUGGAAUGAGCAGGUGAAAAGCUGCUCUCACCCUUGCCAGAUUCCCUGUGGGUGCCUCAGGGCAACUCUUUGUUUCCUUUCUGGGUUCCACAGGUAUGAAACUACUUCUGAGCUGAACCGUGAAGGACCUUAAAGGGCUGCUUUCCAAACCAUGAAUUCCACCAGAAAUUAAUGAGCAGUGCAGUUGUUGUUCUUGCAGUUGCUCUGCAUGGAGUCACAGCCUGGGAGACUUACCCAGAUUAGUCCUGGGGCUGGAGGAGCUGCUGCUUAUUCUGUUUGAAGUUGUGGGCAGGAUAAAUGAGCAUUGUGAAGGUUAAGGUGGGGGGGAAUCAUGUGGCUGUGUUUAAACUCCACAUUCCCCUAUUUCUCCAUGACUUUUUUU